CAUGUCAGGGCUGAUGACUCUCGCCUUACUUGCAGUCACUGCUGCAGGUGUCUCCAGUAGUGAGAUGUCGGACUGCUCGUACUUGAGCCUCCUGACUCACUUGAACCUGAUUCAAACAGACUCCCCUCUGUCAAUAAUGAGACCUGUGAAAAACUGGACCACAACAACUGUUGUUUCCCUGGACAUGCUGCUGUUUGGUAUUCUAGAAGUGGAUGAAAAGUCUCAAACUGUCACCACUCAAGUCCAGACACAAAUGAGCUGGAGAAAUGAAUUCCUGAACUGGAAUUCUUCAAACUUUUGUGGAAUUAAAAUGUUGACGGUUCCUAGGAACAUGCUCUGGGUCCCAGAUGUAUCCAUUCAAGAGGACACUUCUGACACUGGGACCAUUCGGAACAGUCCUCUGGUCACUCUGACAUCUAAUGGGUGGGUGAGCGCAAGCGGACGCCAGCGGCUGACGACCACCUGUCAGUUCAAACUGUACCUCUUCCCAUUUGACACACAGCGUUGUAAAAUCACAUUUGGAUCCAUGAACUACGACGCGGAAUCUAUGAUUCUGAGAACAAUCAACAGUCAAGAAACUCUUUCUUCAGUCUCUGAGCUGAUAAUGAUCACACAGGGAGAAUGGGAACUUUUAAACAUGACAAUUAUUUAUGAUUCUCUUGAAAAACAAAAUGUAGCUGAGAGCAGGCUCAUAUACACGGUCAUCAUCAUGAGAAAGCCAAUGCUUUAUGUGAUCAAUUUAAUCGUGCCCCUGUUUUACUUCCUGAUCCUGGAUCUGGCGUCAUUUUUCAUCAGGGUUGAAAAACUGAGCUUCAAAGUGACUCUGCUCCUGUCAAUCUCCGUCCUCCUGCUCCUUCUUCAGGAUAUGCUGCCGUCCACUGAAGCCAAGCUGCCGUUGAUGGCCAGCUUCUGUGUGUGGGUUUUCGCAUUGGUGGGGCUGAGCAUCCUGGAGGCCAUGCUGAUAGACUUUCUGUUGGGGUUCGAUGGUUGCUGUGGAAACAAUGCUCAAAACGCGGUUAAUAACCAGGAAGUGGAAAUUCAGCUGGAAGGCAACACAGACCCCUCUGCAGCUGAAGAGCGAGGUCAUCUGGGUCCAGUGAUGAAGCCCAGUGAGGUUGAGCUGCUGAUGCUUAUCCUGGAGGAAGUGAAGGUGGCUCGAAUGGAAACCGGACGACACGUCAAAGACGACAGAAAGCCUGGACGUUACACAAGACUGGCUCAAAUCAUAGACUCUGUGUACUUUGUCCUCUAUUUUCUCAAUGUUGUAGGAUAUUUGGUAUACAACAAUGUGGAGUGGCUUGGAAGCUAUGUAUCAAAUAAGAAAGAGUAGGUAGCUAUAAUCGGCCUGAAUAUGAAGCGUAUAAUUUACUUGUAUAAUGCCUAAUUAAUAUAUCAACAUAAACAUAAUAAAAUGGUGAAAAUACAUGCACUAAUUUUUUUUCCAAAUAAAAAGCUGCUUAGUCAAAGUUUUUCGAAGUCGUGGAGACACUGAGGCAAAAAUUAGUUUUUGGGCCCCUGUUGACUUCAAAUGUUUAAAUGAUCAAAUGAUCAUUAUUUCUCGCCCAGAAACUACAAAUAAAAAAAGUUGAGAGAUGCAAUGAUGACACUGACAAACAGAAGAAUAGGUGAUGCUUCUGCAAACAGCCUGUCAUAUGCUGUGGUCAUGUGACAGGACAUACUGAGAAAGUGGUUUUGAUAACCGCAGCAGCAGCGAGGGGCGUGUUGAAACCAAAUCCGGAAUUCAAAAUAAAAGUGGUGUAAUGGAAA